GCGGCUGCUGUUGGCUUGUCCGGGUCGUGUUCUAAAUCGCUGUCUCCACGUUGAAGUACUACAUGGACCGCAGCCUGCAGUCAGGGCUCGAGAAGCGCACCCGCGUGGGCGCGUGGCAGUCUCGGGUAUACCGCCUGGAGAGAGGUUAUUUGAGCGCCUGGCCAGACGCGGUCAGUGUUGCAGCGAAGCAAGACCCGACCCGCACGGAAUGUCUUUUUCUAGACAACCAGGUCGCCGUACUCACGGACCAAGGCGACAAGAGGUUCAAGCUAGAUUUUCCCUGGGAUGGCUCGAAGACCCUUCAACUUCGCUCCAGCAAUUCCGCGAUGAAACAGGCAUGGGUAGACCUCCUGCGGGCGACGCUCGAUGAAGCCGGGUCCCAGAUAAGGGCCAUCGGCUCUGUAUUUGCGUAUGGCGGCGCUGCACAGCACGCGAAAGAUGAAGCUUACGAGGAAGCCACCUACCUCAAAACCAACCGCUUUUUGGCUGCCUACGUGGUCGACGAACAGAGCAGAGCGUCUUACAUCAACGACCUCCUCAAUGACGGGUUCCACCAUGUAGGUGACCGCGCUGGCAGCGAACGAGACGCGCAUAAUGCUUGCGCUGGGUCCCGCUCGGCCAUCGCGGAAUUAUUGGCAUUGACGGAAGACUUCAUGAAGGAGAUGCGAGGCGUCGAAGAACUGCGACGGGGGACACAAGGCAGUGAGACAUCAGAGGGGCAGCUGGAUGGUGCCGUGACAGCCCCAAAGAUCGAACGUUUUUGUGAAGAGUACAUGUCCCUUGUGGGGCGCACCAUCUCGAGCAGGCUUAUGUUGGAGUUAUCGCCCUUCAUGGAGACCUCAGUUGCGGGGUCGUCGUCCGCCCCCACGGAGUCUACGCGGGCAGAGCUCGUCGGAACGAGGCGAAGACUCGAUGAGGCAUACGCAGCGACUGAGCAAGUGGUGAUCCUGGGGACCAGGGCUUGGUUCGUGGAUAUUCGCGAAUAUUUCCUGGACUGCGCGGGCCUCGAAAUUGCGUCGUCGAGACCACCGACACCUCCGCCCGAGGUCGCGACUCAAACGGCCGCGUUCAGUCCACCUUCAGCGGCACCUGCAAGCGCCCCCAUGUCACUUUCAGCUGGAGCAGAAGCACAGUCACGAACAACGCCGUCAGCGGGGUCUGCGAGGCGGCCGUCUGCGAAAGCGUUGCUGCAAGUAUCGAACGCCUUUGCCGUCGCAAAGGCCGCAACCAAGGACGGGGCCACAAAGAUUGGCACUAGUUGGAACGCCACCGGGCGAAGUACCGGUAAGGCCAAAAACUCUGCUAGUGAUGCGGAUGGUGCUCCUGUAAGAGGUGGCUCCCCGGCAGAUCAAGCCGGGGCCGGUGGAAAGGUGAACUCCACGCGAGGAGUCUCGAUGUCGAUUCCGGGUGUUUUCAAGCGAGCGUCUCGUACGGGUAGCGAAAUGGAGGAACGGAGUGAUCUGGGCAAACCAGCAGAUGGGCGAACACCGGUAACGAUGUCCCCUCGAGGCAGUGGUGGGCCGACUUCGGUAGCCGGGAAUCAAGCGGUCCAGUCGAGCGAUGCUGAGGUUGGUGUGGUCAUGGAAGGACGUGGUGGAAAGCCGGUGAGUCCGGCAGAGACGGAAGAGCAGCAGAGAUCAGACUUGUUCGGAGGAUCGUCUCGAAGUCCCAGCGCAUCUCCGCGUGCCCAUGGAGGGAAAAACUCGCCCGUCCGUCGAGGCAAGACGGAAUCUGUGUUAAAUGCGUCCUCUGCUUCCACUGCAGUGCCGCCGUCUGCAAGCGAGCAUGUUCUAAGUGCACUCGUAAACCCUGACAGCACCACCACAAGCGCAUCAUCACUGCCUGCGACUACUGGGUCGGGGGCUAGAAAGGAGAAGAGAGCCUUUGCUGGGGGGCUUUGGGGAGGUGGCGGAGGCUUCUCUAGUGGGGGUGCCUCUGCUGCGGGAAACAUGAAAACGGACUCAAGGGAUGGAUCAACGAUGGUCAAUACCACAGUAGCCGAUGAAGGCCAACUGAAGUCUGUUCCUGCUGCUAUACCGAAGUCUAAACCAUCGGGGGGCAAGAGAAGAUUCGCGGGCGGAGUGUUCUCGGGCCCGCCUCAGCCGCCGUCCCAGCUAAACGCCGCACCUUCCGACGGGGUCCAAGGCGAGAACCCGUUCGCGGGCGCCAGCGACGCUACGACCAUGCGAAGAGAAGGAACUGGUGCCACCCACAAGUCUGUGGUCGGUGCGAACGAAACCGUUUCAUCUUCGAUUCGUCGCGAGGAAUUGCCGAAACCGCCGCGAGAGGUGGAGGAGCCCUUGCCAGCCUGGGCGACAGAAGCCGGCGCGAACGAAAGCGUCCCCGAUUGGGCAGCGAAUUCAUCCAUGGAUAAACCCUCUAAACCGCCCAGUGGCUACGGGCUAGCUCCUCCUUCCCGGCCAGAACAGGGACAUCAACUAGCAGCCGACAAGAGCCCGUUCAUGCAGAGAGAACCAGACGCCCCUCCUAAGAGGAGACCCAGCCAGAGGCGACCGGGGGAAACCGGGUCCCGCAGGGCGUUCGGGGGCGGUGAACGUCUAUUUUGACACCAGGAAUAUAUCGUCGGGGCGUAAAUUGCGAGAGGAGUAGCUUCCGGGUCAGAGAGUGCCAAUGUGUUAAGCUGAACAGGGUAUUUACGACGUAGUUGGACGCACUCCCAAACCUGGGUAGAUCGUUCUGUGUGUGCGGUUGAUGUAGCGUGUAGGAGCAAGGUAGUAGUCUCAAGACAUAUAUCUGGUUCUGAACAUGUGCCGCAGACGCGGCUCGGGCAACGAGUCCUAUGAAGUCUUUUUUGUGUUCAUGACAAGGUAGAUGUGGCUACGAAUGAACUUAGGUGACCCGG